AUGUACAAACUUCACACCAAAAGGGUAAAAGCUGCUGCUGGGCAGAUGUGGACUUCAAAUCUCUCCAAGAUCAGACAAUCUCUUAAAAAUGUUUACCAUAAUUGUAAGAUUUGGCACGCAUAUCCAUCCUAUGACUGUGAUCAAGAUGACAUUAGUUCCGAUGAAGAAAUGAAUCUUACAAUAAUGCUUCAAGAUGUUAGAAGUGCCCAAACUAAACUCCUCAGCCGAAUGACUGACAUUGUGGGUGCUAUAUCAAAAAUCCAGGAAAAAAUUGACCAUUAUCUGAAGCAGAUGGAAGUACUGGAAACCAGAAUGAAUGUUAAGGAAGACAAACAAUCCACAGCAACUGAAGAUAUCCUCUCUAUGAAAAAAGACAUUGAGGCUUUAAGGAAGAAGGCAACAGAACUGGAAAACCAGAAUUCUUGCUCCAGCAUACAUUGUUUAGAAGUUCUAGAUAGAGAAAAGGGUAAAGAAAUCAUAGAAUUGCUUCACAAACUCAUACAACCAGAAGCUCUAAAGAACACAUCAGCCUCUACAGACUCUGAAAUCCCUUCAGCAGGACCAGAGAAAGUGCCCAGUUAUCCAAAGCCCACUGAUCAUCUUGAGGAAAAAAAAAUUUCUCCCAAAAGUAAAACUCUAGACAAAAAUAACCAUCAAAAUGUAUCAAGAAGGUUUAAAAAGGCAAAGUCAAAUAUUUACAUUUAUCCAGACUUUGGUACAUGGAUCAAGCUAACUUUUGUCCAUGGAGGGAAAUGGACCUUUUUCCUCAGUGCUACCAGGUUAGAAGAAUUCAUCCAGUGGCUUCUUUCAAGACCACCCAUUCUUCCUGAGGAGCCACAGUCCAUAACCCAGAGACCUUGCCCAUUCACUGGACCUAUUGUAAGCUUGACCACAACCUGUCUCUCUGUUUUCAACUAUAUUUACUGCCUUUUUGGUUUCUCAAAAGAAGAAAUAACUCGACUCUAGAGUUAUUUUCUGCUUUGCUUGGUAUAAAAUAAAUGUAACCUGGUUGCUGCAAGCAUUC